UCUCUUCCACUUGCUCACUCACUCAACUCAAUCAUGUCCGACCUCGAUACUGACCUUUAUGGAGAUCUCUACGGUGACGACAAUGAAUUUGCUGUACCCGUCGAGGAAUCAAAUGAGUCAAGGAUGCGACCACAGGAGCAUGAAAAAACCACAACGUCUUCCACAGCUCCAGUAACUUCGACAGACACAACAAAGACCAAGUCUCCUUCACCACCUCCAUCAGCAACAAGAUCAGAAGAAUUACAAAUUCCUUCGUUUGCGAAUGGGAAUGCUCCACAACCGAUACAAUCGUAUGAGUCUUUCAGUCAAGACUAUUCUUCACGAGCAGACCACGGCUAUCGGACUCAGCCCCAGCAUGAUGACGAUGUGUCUACCAUUUCCUCUCUUCAAGUUGUAGAUCGGCACGUACGGCCAUCGGAGAUGAAGGAUGAAGGGUGAGUACUAUAGUAGUGUUUAGUAUCCUCUGAGCGUUCGGGUUGGGACGGGAAAACGUAAGUGCGGUCUGCUCGACUGUACGGACUGCUGCGGACAAUAGCUAUUAGCUGUAUCGUGAUAGUUACCCUCUCACGAUGCACGUCGUGUGCAUUCGUUCCAUACUUCGAGAUUAGCUUUGUAGCUACUCCGUAGACUUGCGUCUAUCUCUUCGACUAGGCUAGGCUAGGCUACGAUCGACUUCCCUAGACAGACAGACAGACAGACAAGCUCCCUGUUCUGCGCCUUUCGUGUCAUGAUUAGCGUAUCUAGCGCAAUAGCCAGCCGAAAGAAUACGAUGAUGUUUCC